AUGGAGACGGUGGAAAUCGUGAAGGCGACCCUGGAAGACUCCUCGGAUUGUGAAAGCGACGCUGGAAGAGAUGGAAGGAUUGUGAUGCUGGAAGAGAGGAGUGGGAAGGAUCUCUUCGUCAACACAUGCAAACCAUUCGUCAAACCAUGGGAUUGUUCCACUAAUAAUACCACCUUUAUCUUCCCACCACCAUCACAAUCAAUCUCUCUAAUCAUGCAUCACCAUCGCCCAUCUUCAUGGACAACUCUAUCUCCACCACUCCACUUCAACCAUCUUCUUCCAUGCCCAACCGGAGAUCACCCCUUUCUCCUUCCUCCACCACCAUCUUCCAAUUCUCCUCCAUCAUCACUCUCAUCCCACGGUGGUUUCUUUAAGAGGGUGGUCGAUGGUUUGCAGUUUGCUUAUGAGGGUAGUACUAGUACUAGUACUAGUACUACACCACCAUCGACCCACCACCACCUAGGGUUUCAGGUGGUUCAACAUGGAUCAGACCCAUUUGGGAUUCAGCCUGAAACCGGUAAUAAGAUCAUGACUGCUCAAGAGAUGGUCGAUGCUAAAGCUGUAGCCGCCUCAAAAAGCCACAGUGAAGCUGAACGAAGACGUCGAGAACGAAUCAAUAAUCAUCUCACGAAGCUUCGCAGCUUACUUCCCAAUACCACCAAAACAGACAAAGCUUCGUUACUUGCUGAAGUGAUACAACACGUGAAAGAGCUCAAACAUCAAACGUCAAUCAUAGCCGAACAAGUUCCAGUUCCAACAGAGAUAAACGAGUUGACCAUAGACAACACAUCUGAUGAAGAAGGUAGGUUUGUGAUUAGGGCAUCAUUAUGUUGUGAGGACCGAUCAGAUCUCUUGCCAGAUCUAAUCAAGACACUGAAAAUGCUUCGAUUGCGAACCCUAAAAGCGGAGAUCACAACACUUGGAAGACGUGUGAAGAAUGUUUUGUUUGUAACAGGAGAAGAAGAUCAUUAUAUUAGCAACGGUGAUACACAAAUGGUGAAUCAAUGGAUAAGUGUUAUAGAAGAAGCUCUUAAGGCCGUGGUCGAGAAAACGGACGAUGGAGAUGAUUCAUCUUUCGGGAGUGUUAAGAGGCAAAGAAUGAACAAAUAACGAUACAUAUCGUUAUCUUCGGGCAUCGCAGGUCUGGUUAAUUAGUCAUCUUUUUCCAUAUAUAAUGCAAUGGAAAAAGAUGACUAACUAAUUUCGAUCCGGGCUUAUACCUUCACGAAUUUCUGUUGUUUUUGCUUGAGAUAUCGGGUUUAAGUCUGUUGGUGUUUUCGGGUUUUCUAUUUUAAUAUGAUAUGAGAUGAUGCAGCGAUAAUUAUGGAGUCAUUAAUCGUCUUAUUGAAUAA